AUGGAGAGAGUAUUCCCCACGUCACUGCUUACGUCAGCCAAGGAAGAAUCAAUCAAGAUGAGGAAGCUUCUCCCGGGAUUCAUCAAACCCGACUCGUUGCGGAACUACGUCGGGGUUAUGGACUCCAUCGCGAGGGAACACCUGGAAACUCAUUGGGAAUGCGGCGGCCGGGAUAAUAUUGUGACCGUUUUGCCCCUGGUGAAGAAGUUCACAUUCGCGGUUGCGUGCAGGUUGUUCCUGAGCAUUGACGAUCCCGUGCACAUUGCGAGAUUCGAUAAGCCUUUCCGUGUACUUGCGGCCGGGCUUUUGUCGGUGCCGGUUGAUUUUCCGGGGACUCGUUUCAAUCGUGCUAUUAAAGCUGCCGAUUCGAUAAGAAGGGAGAUUUUGGAAAUAAUCAGGCGACGGAAAUCCGUGCCGACGGCCACCAUCGUUGACCGUCGCGAUAUUUUGGCCCACAUGCUGACGACGCCGGACGAUAACGGGAAUUUUAUGUCGGAAUUGGACAUCACCGACAAGAUUGUAGGGUUGCUUAUCGGCGGCCACGACACGGCGAGUAUCGUCAUCACUUUCAUCGUCAAAUAUCUGUCCGAGCUGCCGCAUAUUUACGAUAAAGUCCUUGAAGGUGAGAGACUGUUGUCGGUCAGGUCAUUGAGAUGCUACACUGGGUAA